GUGCAGCAAACACAUAUUGAACCCAAGGACCUUUCUGAUCGCGUGGCCCUAACGGCCAUUCGCAUCAUCCGCAAGGGGUUCGACUUUUUCAGCGGCUACAUGUUUGGCCCCAUCAACGAGACCAAAUUUCUGCGUCGUGCCAUCUUCCUCGAAACAGUCGCGGGCAUUCCUGGCAUGGUGGCGGGCUCCUUGCGUCAUCUUCGCUCCCUGCGUGGCAUGCAACGUGACAACGGCUGGAUCCACACUCUUCUUGAAGAAGCCGAAAACGAGCGCAUGCACCUUCUCACCUUCACCAAGGUCAAGCAACCUGGCAUCAUCUUCCGCAGCAUGGUCCUCGCCGCUCAAGGCAUCAUGUGGAACGCCUACUUUGUUGCCUACCUCGUUUCCCCCCGCACCUGCCACCGCUUCAUUGGCUACCUUGAAGAAGAGGCCGUCAAGACUUACAGUCAUGCCAUUGAGGCUCUGGACAAGGGCAUGAUGCCCACCUGGAAUAACAAGGAGGCUCCCGAGAUUGCCAAAACCUACUGGGGCCUGGCUGAUGAUGCUCUCAUGCGUGAUGUCCUCCUCGCCGUGCGUGCCGACGAAGCCAACCAUCGCGACGUGAAUCACACGCUCAGUACCCUCAAAACGGAUGCCACCAAUCCUUACGUCAACCUCAAGUGA